GACAACACUGUGCGCGGGAGACAGUGGCAAGCGGCGGUGUUUUUGAGCGCCGGCACGUCACUGGUCGCCAGCGACGCUUGUUUGCUCAAGUGGUCUGCUGUCGACGGCCAACGUUUCUGCAGGCGUGCUGGCGUCUGAAAGGGGCGGCGGCUGCCGAUUCCCACGAGCCUGCUCUCCGAUUCGUAGUUCUGUGGCCGUGACGGGGCGUGGAGAACGGACACAGUUCACUGCGUCUGUUCCUAAUAAUAAUAGGAAAAUCAUUCUCCUUCUCGUCCCAUUGUCCUCUCCCAUCCAUUCCCAUCUCAACAGCCGCACCUCCACUCCUCGUAUAACGCAACGCAAUUAGGAUCAACCAAAUAAUCUAGUUUGAAGUGAAGUGCAAAGACAGUUUGAAGCACUCUUUUGUGGCUUGCUUUCGUGUGGAAAAAGUACAUACAUAUAUUGUUUUUGGGCCGUAUUUGUGGCGGAAAGUGAGAGUGAAUUUUGGUGCUGUGAAUCGUCGUAAGUGUACGGAAAAUUCGUUUUGUGGAACACGUGCGGAAUUUCUGGCGACCACGAAAUGGACAACGUAAGACCGUAAGUCAUGAAGCCCCAUCUGAUGGAAUUGAUAGCUUUCUGGACCUUGAUGGCGGUGUUUCCUGGCAGCAUCAUCGGCGAUGCGAUUCUCAUGCAGCCAUCUCCAACAGAAGUUCCUCAGAGCGAUGUUAAAAGAGACGUAGCCAGUAUCGCAGGACAGGACAACAAAAUAAUUACUGAGCCUGUAGCACUGGUGACGAAUCUGCAAGUACAUCCCAUGGUGCAUGACAAGAAAGCGCGUACACUGCAGCUGAACAUCAGCUGGACUGUGCCCAAAGAGGGCCGCUUACCUAAAGGCUACUUCCUGAAAGUGAAGUCCAUCAAUGACUCCCAUGAGUACUGUGAAAUAAUGGACUUCAUGGAGGACAUAAACAAUACGAUGACAUCUUGGGCGGUGGUCCCGCCAGAGGUGACCAACGUGAAGAACGACCCGCGCGUGAUGCAGGAGUGCUGCUACAACAUCCGCGUGGAGUCCCAGCCGUUUGACGGCCGGCGCGCCGCCGAAGUCAACUACACCAUCCCCGAGCGGGUGGGCGAGGUGUGGUCGUGCCGGCGCAAGGCGCAGCUGCCCGUGCCGCGUGAAGUCCAAGUGUCCGUCAUCGACUCCAGCACUGCCCACGUCUCCUGGACCCUGGACGCCUCCGCGGCGCGGAUCGCGCGCAACAUCUCCCUCACGCUGGGGCGGCAGGUGGUGAGCUCGCUGCUCGACUGGUUCGAGUACGAGCCCGAGGUGCUGCUGGCCGUGGCCAACUGGAGCGGCGGCGGCGGCGGCGGCGGCCUGCGGAUGGAGCACCUGCUGAAGGGCAACCUGCGCCGGCCCGCUCAGUACCUGGUGCAGGUGCGCGUGGUCGACCGGCGCGACUGCCGAGGGCCGCCCGCCGAGAAGCGCUUCUCCACGUUCGUCAAUGUUACAACAACUACAAGGAGAGCGCCGGCGUUGCGUUCAUCUUCGACCACCGAGACUCCUCCAGGUACCGCCAUUUUGUCCCCUGGCGGUCAACAACAGUGGACCACGACGGAUCUCUUCAAUCAGACACUGACCGGUGCAAACGAAUCUUUGGCAGAUCCAAACGCCAGGUCAAAAGUGGAGCUGGUGCUGGUGGUGGUGCUGCCCACGGUGUCGUUCGUGGUGGCGGCGGCGCUGGCGGCGGCCAUGAUGUACCAGCGCUGCGGCUGCGCGGGCUGGCUGCGCCGCAAGCUGGGCGAGGGCCGUCUGCGGCCCGUCUACAGCUGCCGCGGCGUCUACAAGGCAGUCAGCAUCGACAGUAGUAGCAGCCGCAUCACGCGGGUGUCCUUCCCGGCCUUACAGGAGCGCAGCAUACUCUACGUAGAGAAGGAGAUAGAGGAGGCGAAGGCUCGCGGCGAGGUGGAUACGUUCGAGGUGAGCUACGAGCGACUGCAGCUGGGCCGGCAGAUCGGCAAGGGCGACUUCGGGCGCGUCUUCCUGGCGCGAGCCGAGGCAGUGGGAGGCGUCCCAGGCUGGCGCACGGUCGCUGUCAAGAAACUCAAGCUGCGCGCUACGGCGGAGGAGGUGGAGGAGUUCCAGGCAGAGAUUGCGAUGCUGAAGCACGCGGGCCGGCACCCCAACGUGGUGGAGAUGGUGGGCUGCUGCACGCUGCGGCCGCCGCUCUGCAUCCUGAUGGAGUUCGUGCCGUGCGGCGACCUGCUGCACUACCUGCGCCGCCUGCGCGUCGAGUACGAGCGCCGCACGGGCGUGCCCCCCGCCGCCCCAACCGCUGGCACCGGCGGCAGCCACGAGCCGCGCUACAUCGACCUGUUGCUGUCCUCGGACUCGGAGAGCUCCUACGUGCAGCCCGACCCGCGCCUCAGCUUCUCUUCGAGCGGCCGGCCCUCCAUCGCAGAGACCGAGUGGAGCCUGGUGAGCAGCGAGGGCGGCGCGCCGCCCACGCCCACGGAGCGGAGCCCCUGUCCGGGCCGCCUGGGCCCCGGGCUCGACUACGUGCUGGACCCGGCGGAGCUGCAGAGCUUCGCCGUGCAGAUCGCGCGCGGCAUGGCCCACCUCGAGCAGCGGCACAUCACGCACAGAGACCUGGCGGCGCGGAACAUCCUCAUCGACGAGCACAAGACGCUCAAGAUCUCCGACUUCGGGCUGUCGCGGUCGGGCAUCUACGUGAACACGCGCGGCAAGAAGGUGCCGCUGCGCUGGCUCAGCGUCGAGGCCAUCCGCGACAACCUCUACUCCAGCAAGAGCGACGUCUGGGCCUACGCCAUCGUCCUCUGGGAGAUCGGCACUCUCGGAGGCUUCCCGUACCCGACGGUGAGCGACCACGACCUGCUCAGGUUCCUGUUGGAAGGUCGCAGGCUGGAGAAGCCGGACAACUGCACCGAUGAACUGUAUUCGCUGAUGAUGAUGUGCUGGUCGCACAACGCGGACGACCGGCCGUCGUUCGCGACCAUCUCGAAGCACCUGGAGGGCGCCCUGGGCCGCAGACCUGUCUACGUCGACUUCUCCAACCUGAGUCCAGACUACACGUUCCCUCCCACCGAACAGCAGCAACUUCAGCAGCAGCAGCAGCAGCAGCGACCGUCUUUCAGGAUGUGAUAUCAGCAGACGGCUCAGCCAGAGUACGCCUUCCUCCCCCCAACAGGGCAGCUGCAGCAGCGGCAGCCGUCCAAGAGACCCAAGGCGCCAGGCAGAUCGACCAGGCGCCACCGAGUCCCGCACCGCACAGCUGCUGCAGCGGCGGCUGCAACCUCAACAGCGGUCAACAUCGUGACGUCACACGGAGUUGAGCCAGUCGUCAUACACCCUUCCACUGAAAACUAGCAGCCGCAGAAACAACAGUCGUCGGCGUCACCUUCCAGGAAAUGAUGUCACCAUGGAGUACCACCUCGUAACACUUUUCCUCACACCAUCCAGAGACCACCGCUAUCCUUUAGAAAACUGCAGCUCGGACUACAAAUUACUUACAAUAGCAACAGCGGCAUCGUCGGUCUGUACAAUGUGAUCCAGAAAACUGAAGAUCCUGGUGUUAUUCUGCUCGUAUGGUGUCCAAAACUAGUUCAUUCCUCUUACAAAUCAGUGUUACAAUAGAAACUAUCACUUUAUGGCCUUCAUGUACAGCAUUCACCUGUGUGCCCAGUUACACUGUACAUUUCUCCCAAUAAAGCGUUGCCGUAAGCAGCACCUUCAUUACCAGCCCACAUAUGGACAGUUUUGCCUGAAUUCAGUGUGGUCCUCCUUUCAGUUUCUCAGCCAAGUACAGGACAACUCAGACCUUGUUUUGAGGAAGUUAGACCACCAAUGGCGCAACUCUACAGGAUCGGUAAAAUAAAACUGACCCGCAAAAUGUUUCAUCCACAUUGAGGUAGGCACCCCAAAUUACACAGUCCGCUGCGGAUGACAUGCGUGGUUUGCCUGCCAUAAGGUUCAUGAAACAUUUUCUGAGCCAGUUUUAGUUUGGACACCCUCCAAAUCACCAGUAAAGGACUGACAGCAGUGUUCGUCCUCCAAAUCACUGUCAGAAAGACAACGUUCUGAUCAGUGCCCAGAAAGCUUCUGGCUGGCAUCGUAAUCAGUUGUUGGCAAUCAGAUGAAAGAGUGAUUUACAACAGAAUGUCACUGAGCACAACGUGACUCCGAGAACUAACAUUGUGACACCUAAACUCGCUGACAAAUUCUGCAGUAGGAUCAGUAGGAUGCCAGUGUUACGUCGUCAGCAGUGUUCAAUGUAAAAAGUUUCUGACGCUGCUUCUGCUCACAAGGACAACACUGACUCCCGAAAAUAUACCGGCAAACAUCAUGAACAGCUUUUUAGUCGACAGACGAGAGUGCAAUUUCUACCAUAGGGGCGUCGACUACACCGCAACUCCAUGUACAAGGCACCCCAAAAAAUAUCACUGCGGCGACCAAAGGUGCACCAUCACGACAGUUACCAAGUGUGUAUACACUUCUCCAUCAAAAAACAGAGUGUCUGAAACAAGCACAGACAGAUGUAGCCACCUGCGGAAAGCGGCGGAACAGAGUGGUAAAAGCAGGUGCUAAGCACACAAUCACUGACCAAGUCAGCUCAACUGACGCCAAGUUGGCGCCGGUUUAUAUGCAAGGUCAUCCACACGUCAUGUCGCAUAUGCUUUGUUCAUUUAUUACUAUUUCAGAAACUAAAAAUGGUGUUCACUGAUUGUCCAGCUGUCAUUACUACUUCACAUAUUCAAAGAAAAGCUUUUGAAAGCUACGUUUUUGGACAAUGUGAUUAACGAUAUUAUGCUAAUGCUGUUCAGAAUUUUGAUUCAGACGUAUCUAAAUCAAGUUAUAAUAUUAAUGUCAUCAUAUAGAACCAAUUGUGUGAGGCAGUCUGAAGAACAUGAGACUUCAUUGUCUUAAUUGAUGUUUGAUGUUUCUGUUUUGGAGUAUUAAAAUUCAGUGCGCCGAAGAAUAUAAAAUUCUCACAUUAUGUAGCACCUGAAUUAGAAUUUCACUGGAAUGAUUUGUGUAUAUUCCAGUUUCUUCCACAAAAAUUACGCCUUUAUGAAACGAAGAGCUUAAGCAUUCAAGCUGGUGUGUACAUAGCAGAUUAAUAAUACAUGUUUAUGACAUGAGUGUAUAGCAAGUGAUCAUAAAAGAAAGGCAAAAUAUAAGAAAGGUAAAACAAACUGGUAGAUGUAAAUAAUGAUACGAAAUGUCUGUGUAUGUCUGUGUGCGUAUUUAUGUGUAUACCUGAACCUCGAGAAACAAAUGUUAUAUUUUCUUGCUCAUUGCAGUUGAAUGUAAAAGUACGUUGAACUCCGAUGUGCUGUCAUAUAGUUUGUGUGCAUGUAUGACUUCGUUUAAGUGGACUAAGUUAAUUCGUUGUCACAUACAGUGCAGAUAUAUUGUGUGUUUCUGAGUACUCAUAAAUGCUUUCAGAAGUCCUACGACAUUUGUUCCUUGGCGUUACAGAAAUGGAGCUUCUCGAAUCACACAGGCAGUGAUUUCCUUACUUACAAAAUGCAACUCAUCUUCUUUUUAAGCCUGAAACAUCUUGUUUCCAGUUUAUUGAAUUUAAUACUUAAGAGACCAAAUGUUAUGAACAUAGAAAUUUAAAAUUAAGGAAGGUCUGGAAAACAAAUACAAAUUAUGUAUGAGAAAUAAGAUAUAGUCGAAGUUGCUCCUAGAGGGUCCAGUGGUUGCAAUGUUACGAAAACACCGCACAGUUUCAUAUUAAUCACACCUUCUAAGUUGAACACAUUCAUAUCUUCUUCUUCUUCACGUUGAGAAACUUCACGAAGUCCUGUAAUCGAUGCUGUAGCAAUUCAAAGCUACUCCUCAAUGAAAAACAGCUCUCUGCCUAUUUUUAGUGCAUAAUUUUUUCUGUUGACUCGAGACAGCAAUUUCAAUGGAUAUUCACUUAGAAAAAUGUUUAGCAAUAUGCACCCGUUUCCCUAUAUGGUAACCACUUUCUAAAACUAUUAAUAAACCCUUCUUGCGAUACCAUUCUAAAGAACUAUCACUCAAGAAAUUCCGCUAAUUGUGUUGGCGAAUAUCUUGUAUAAUUGCGUAAUUAUUGUCAUUAUGUGUGACAGGAAUAGACGAAUGUUUGACCAAUACGUUUUAAUAAAAUCGGAGUGAUAAAUAGUUUACUUGUCAAAUUUUGUCAUGUUCUAAAUUUAGGAAAGACAGCACUUCUAUGCACUGACCUCGUUAUAUAAGCAAAAUUAUCAUAAAAACGUGUCAUCAUUGUACAACUUGCUGGCGAAUUAAAACUAUCUGCUGGACUGCGACUAGAACUGUAGUUCGUGUAUUGGUCCGGCACACAGUUUUAAUUCGCCAGCAAGUUUCAUAUCAGCGCACUCUCUGCUGCAGAGUGUCAUCAAUCUGAUUUGUUCAUUUAAUUGUUACAGUUCCUUCACCCGACAAGAAAAUAUGCAUAUAUAAAUGGAGUAAAUGUUCAUUGAAAAACAAAACAUUGUCUGUACACAAAUCAGCCUUAGUAGUUAAGUAUCAGUCAAAUCUUCAUCACAUUCACAACCCAAAAUUUGCCGAUUGGGACAAGUUGUCUGUUACUUAUGACAGGAAAAACUGCAGAGGCCAUUCUAAAGUGUACAAAAGUUUGUGUAUGAACUAUCUGUGAUUACAUGACUUGUAUAUUGACUUUAGUGACAUAUGGACCUUCAAUUCUCUAUGUUUUUACCUAUUAAAAGACAAAUUAUUGAUGUAAGACUUUUGACUAAAGCAUUUAUUUUUUUGUCUGUAAACCAAUGUUUUCCACGUGGAAAAU